AUGACCAAUAAUAAUAGUAAUAGUAAUAAUAACCAGACAAUUUCUAAUUUAUCGGCUGGUUUAAAAUCAGUAAAUCUUGCAGACCAACAGCAGAAUGAGGUGAAUUUAAAUUUAUUACAACAACAGUUACAGAAUGAGGCCACUACGCAACAACUGCAAUCCAGAAUUAGUCAGUUCUUUCAAAAUCAGCCAACAGAAGGAUAUACAUUGUUUUCACAUAGGUCUGCGCCUAAUGGGUUUAAAGUUGCCAUAAUAUUGUCGGAAUUGAAUCUACCAUUUAAUACUAUCUUUCUUGAUUUCAAUAAUGGGGAACAGAGAGCACCAGAAUUCGUGACGAUUAAUCCAAAUGCAAGAGUCCCUGCGUUGAUUGAUCAUUUUAAUGAAAAUACGUCUAUUUGGGAGUCUGGUGCAAUUAUCUUGUAUUUGGUAUCUAAGUAUUUAAAGGACAAUGGAGAAUGUGCGUUGUGGUCGGACAAUUUAAUUGAACAAUCUCAGAUUUCAUCGUGGUUAUUCUUCCAAACGUCUGGACAUGCACCAAUGAUUGGACAAGCGCUACAUUUCAGAUACUUUCAUUCUUGUCCAGUUCCAAGUGCCGUUGAAAGAUACACCGAUGAAGUGAGAAGAGUAUAUGGAGUCAUUGAGAUGGCAUUAGCUGAAAGAAGAGAAGCGUUAAUUAUGGAUUUAGACGUUGAGAAUGCGGCCGCUUAUAGUGCUGGUACGACCCCUUUAUCUCAGUCAAGAUACUUUGAUUAUCCUGUUUGGUUAGUUGGUGAUAGAGCUACUGUGGCAGAUUUGUCUUUCGUGCCUUGGAAUAAUGUGGUUGACAGAAUUGGCAUCAAUUUAAAGGUUGAGUUCCCAGAAGUUUACAAAUGGACUAAGUAUAUGAUGAGAAGACCAGCUGUUAUCAGAGCGUUGCGUGGUGAUUGA